UAUAAUAGAGAAGUGGCUUCUUCGGCGGUCAGCGGCAGCUGACUCAGGUACACAGGGAGAGGGGGAGAGAUAGAGGGAGAGUCUCCUCUCUGGGAGGAGGCGAGCGAGGAGAUUCCUGGUGGAGUGUUAAUGGGGGCGGUUCGUGAGGGAAGGAGAAGAGGAUUCAGGAGCUUUUCUGAGAAGGUUGUUGGGUGCUUGCCAUUGUUAUAGAACAAAUUCUCUGAAGAAAUUUCAGAAGGUUGGUGCAUUUGUCUCGUCUCAGUGCAUGGCGUCUGCAGGUGCAGUGCCUACUUUGGCACUUAGAAAAUCCAAUAGCAAUGCAACAGGAAUGGAUAAGCUGCCAGAGGAAAUAAAUGAAAUGAAGAUAAGGGAUGACAAGGAAAUGGAAGCAACUGUUGUCGAUGGAAAUGGCACUGAGACAGGGCAUAUCAUUGUAACAACAAUUGGGGGUAAAAAUGGUCAACCCAAGCAGACAAUAAGUUACAUGGCUGAGCGUGUGGUGGGGCAUGGUUCCUUUGGAGUUGUAUUUCAGGGAAAAUGCUUGGAGACAGGGGAGACUGUGGCAAUUAAGAAGGUGCUGCAGGAUAAGCGAUACAAAAAUCGUGAGCUGCAAACCAUGCGGCUUCUAGAUCAUCCUAAUGUUGUUGCCCUCAAGCAUUGCUUCUUCUCAACUACUGAGAAGGAUGAACUAUAUCUGAAUCUUGUCCUUGAGUACGUACCUGAGACUGUUUAUCGAGUUGUGAAACAUUACAGCAGGAUGAACCAGAGGAUGCCUCUAAUUUAUGUUAAACUGUACACUUAUCAGAUCUGCAGGGCAUUGGCAUAUAUUCAUGGUGGUAUAGGGGUUUGCCAUAGGGACAUCAAGCCACAGAAUUUGCUGGUUAAUCCUCACACUCACCAGCUAAAAUUAUGUGAUUUUGGAAGUGCAAAAGUUCUGGUCAAAGGAGAACCGAAUAUAUCAUACAUCUGCUCUCGUUAUUAUCGUGCCCCUGAACUCAUUUUCGGGGCCACAGAGUAUACUACUGCUAUUGACAUGUGGUCAGUUGGAUGUGUUCUGGCUGAACUGCUGCUUGGCCAGCCACUCUUCCCUGGAGAUAGUGGAGUGGAUCAACUUGUGGAGAUAAUCAAGGUUCUUGGGACACCUACUAGAGAAGAAAUUAAAUGUAUGAAUCCCAACUACAAUGAAUACAAGUUUCCACAAAUCAAAGCUCAUCCAUGGCACAAGCUAUUCCGCAAGAGCAUGCCACCAGAGGCAGUAGAUCUUGUCUCAAGAUUUCUUCAGUAUUCACCAAAUCUGCGUUGCACCGCUUUGGAUGCCUGCAUACAUCCAUUCUUUGAUGAACUUCGUGAUCCGAAUACUCGUCUCCCUAAUGGUCGCCCAUUGCCGCCAUUAUUCAAUUUCAAACCCCAAGAGCUCAAAGGAGUGACAUUGGAGCUGCUGGAGAAGUUGAUUCCAGAACAUGCACGGAAGCAGUGUCAGUUACUUGCUCUUUAACUUAUGCAGUGUAUGACUGUAUCAAAAUCCAUGAUGUUAUUGUAACAUAUGCGCAGUUGAGAUUAAGGAAUGAGACCAGCCUUUGUUAUGUAUUUCCAUAGCGCUGACUAAUAGUGCUUAGUGGUUCUAAUUAUAGGGAUUUAGUUACUCAGGUAUGCUUGAAGCUUCUCAUAUUUGUACGCCGUUUCGUAUGUAGUACUUAAUCCUAGGAAAGCUUGAAUGUGAGGCUAGUCCUUUUUUGUUCUA